GCUGCGAAACACUGUGUAUCCGGUUGCGGUUAUACUGGCGCGACGCAAACACCAAGGAUCGAUGAUCUCUCCGAUAUCUCGAAAUCCAUAGAUGGCGCGAAUCGAUCGAAGGAGUCAAUCGUCGAGAAAUCGCGCGACAGAAAUUUUGCUACAGUUGCGGUCACCGCUACUGAAACUAUUGUGCAAGAAGCACCAGAGCCACGUGGUAUUCCCGUUUUCGGAACGCUUCUGUCGUUCAUUCUCUCCGGUGGUCCAAAGAGACAACACGAAUAUGUUGACAGACGGCACAAGGAAUUGGGCUCAAUUUACAGGGAACGCCUGGGACCAAUUACAGCAGUCUUUGUUAACUCAACCCAUGAAUUUCGAAGAGUAUUUAGAUUGGAAGGAUCCGCGCCGAAACACUUCUUACCGGAAGCUUGGACGCUCUACAACGAGACGCGGAAAUGUCGCCGUGGUUUACUGUUCAUGUACAGCAAUGUGUGUCAACAGUGUAUAAAUGGAAUUUUAAAGCGAAAUUUCUGUUUUAACAGGGACGGCGAGGAAUGGAUAUACUUUCGUAAGAUUUUAAAUAAAGUGAUGCUAGUGCCAGAUCCAACAAAUUUAAUGUUUCAACCGUGUCAAGAUGCGGCUGUUGAGCUUAGGGAAAAAUGGCAAAAACAGAUCAAGACCGAUGCUGUUAUAACGAAUUUACAGGUUCAACUUUAUCAAUGGUCCAUCGAGGCAAUGAUGGCCACGUUAAUGGGAUCGUGUUGGCAUUGUUAUAAGCAACAGCUAUCUCGAGACUUCGAAGUAUUGGCGGAGGUCUUGCAUAAAAUAUUUGAAUAUUCAGCUAAAUUAUCUGUGAUACCAGCUAAGCUAGCUAUGACUUUACGCUUUCCUGUUUGGAGGAAAUUCGUCGCGUCUGCUGAUACAGCGUUUGAAAUUGUUCGAACACUAGUACCAGAAAUGACUAAAUUAGGCGGCGACGGUUUAUUGAAAAAAAUGAUGGACGAAGGUAUCCGAGCUGAAGACGCAAUCUGCAUUGUUACCGACUUCAUUUUGGCAGCUGGUGAUACGACAGCGACCACUUUGCAGUGGACAUUGCUACUGUUGUGUAAUUAUCCUGAAAAACAAGAGGAAUUAUUUGAACAAUUGAAGGAUCUUCCGCAGAGGAAUUUAUUACGCGUGCCAUUGUUAAAAGGCGUAAUUAAAGAAUCUCUUCGACUCUAUCCUAUAGCUCCAUUUAUAUCUAGAUAUUUACCAAAAGACAGUAUGAUUGGUAAUUACUUUGUACCAAAGGGGGAACUGCUCGUAUUGUCACUUUAUUCAAGUGGUCGCGACGCAGCGAAUUUUUCGCAACCAAAUGAAUUCCUUCCGGAAAGAUGGAUUAGAACGGAAAAAGGUACUUACCAAGGUGUAAUGCAUCCACAUGGGAGUUUACCAUUUGCUCUAGGUGCUAGAAGCUGCAUUGGUCGAAAACUGGCAGAAAUACAAAUAUCGCUUGCAUUAGCAGAGCUAGUUAAAUCGUUCAAAAUAGAAUGUAUAAAUAAGGAUCAAGUGAAAUUAAUUUUACAUUUGAUAUCUGUACCUUCGAAGUCGAUAAAAUUAAAGCUGACAGAAAGGAUAUGACGAAAUAAUGUGUAAUAUAACGAAAUGAAAUAUCGUCCAAGGAGAGUAUUUUCUUCUAUUUCUUGUUCUUUUAUUUACUUGUUUCUUCGAAGCAAUGUUUUACCCGUAUACAUUUAUAUUGAAUAAACUGACGUUCAAAUAUUUUCGUCGUUAUACAUACAUACAUACAUACAU